AGGACACUCAUGAUAUAGAUAUGCGUUUUUGAUAGAAGCACGAAUCGGUAUUGGUAGUUAUCUCCCUGUGUGUAGAGCUAGGAGAGAUUCCUGUCCUGGUUUCUAUUUGCUAAAGUUGUGACAGUUACUCACUGGUGUUGCUCAAAGUAUGAGUUGGUCCGCUGAACAACGUUCGCGGACUUGAAGAGGUGGUGCGAAGACUGAAGCGCGCGGCUCAAGUCGUUCGACGUAUUUUGCGCUCACUUCCCAGCGAACAGUACCUACUUGAAUACUCGACAACUGCCAGCGAGCAAGGCGCACUGUACUCCUGCUGCAGCCAUUGCGCGACCGUUCGUACCAACAGCAAGACAAGGCGACAUCAACGGUCCAUCAGGUCAAAUUCCAGCGAAGUGAUCAUAGAGCGGCAUUACCCAACCACCCCAUCAACCUACGGCCAGCCUCCUGAACAUCAAAAAUGUCAGGCGCAACGUUUAUAGAAUCAACGACGCCGCCACUGCCGGUGGUCGUGCACCCGAUCGUCCUCCUAUCAGUCGUAGACCACUAUAACCGAGUAGCGAAGGGAACGAGCAAGCGGGUUGUAGGAACGCUUUUGGGAGAGGUACUUAUCUCUUUAACCAUAAUUAUUUUGUAAUUGAAGUCGCAAUUUUCAUUGUAGCUCAAGCAUUAUAAGAACCUGCUUUCCUCGUAAUAACCAAGAACAUCUCAGAUCUCUUUCUUCAACAGACUCAGAGUCUUGAAGUCAAAUGAAAUGAUCUCCACGGCGACGCCCCCCCUCCUACAGGUUAGAGAUCAGAAGAUACACGUCCUAACGAGCUUCGCAGUCCCAUUUGAGGAGGAUACAAGGGACCCUGCGGUUUGGUUCUUGGACCAUAAUUACCAUGAACAGUUAGCCCAGAUGCACCGAAAGGUGAACGCGAAGGAGCACAUUGUUGGAUGGUAUAAUUGCUUACCUCCUUUAUUAUUAUAAUUAUAUAAUACCUCUUCCCUUUUUUCUAUCUUUCCUAAGUAGGUUUGCCUUUGCUCCACCAGGGAUAUAUCAUCAUCAUGUUGCUGUUGAAUGCUAGAGAACAAUAUAAUUAACAAUGGAGAUAGUGAUAGCGAUAGGAUAGCUGGUUCGAGAUGGGAAACAAAGAAAAGAAAUCAAUCAGAAUCAUCCUCACAGCAUCUUGCUCCAACGCCCUCCUCGUAACCAGGUAUUCAACCGGACCAAAAAUAAAACCUGCGGAUAUCCAGAUCCAUGAGAUCUUUAGGAAGUAUUGCAAGGAGCCUCUCUUCAUCAUUAUGGAGGUGCAGCCGAAGGAGAACGAGUUGCCAAUGGAAGCGUACUACUUACUUCUACUUUUUGAAAUCUGACAAGCACGUGCAAGAACAAGCAGUUUAGUUUGUAUAUAAUUGCCUUCCUUAUCCUCACUAUUACUUAUGACUUCUAUGUCAGUUACUUAGUCCUGUUCAUGCUGAUCCCCAACCACUACCACGUGUGCUGAUCGAUAAACAAUUUUCCGCACACCACCGUUUUUCAGGUACUAUUCAGUCGCAGAAAAAACACACGAUAACUCCUUUACGCGAACUUUUCGGACAAUAACCUCAACGUUCGGCGCGGAUGAGGCUGAGGAGGUACUCUACAACAACUACAACUAGAUUCACAUUUUUUGCAACAUUGAUCUGAUUGCCUAUCUCGAACAACUUUGAGCUUUUUUUAAUUCUACUAUUCCUGUGAAAUUAUUGCUAUUCAUCCACUUCCAUCAUCAAUCAAAAUCUCGUCCAUGCAUCCCCAGGUCGGCACAGAGCACCUCCUUCGUGACAUUAGCAACCGCGCCACGUCAACUCUAGCUGCAAAAGUUGGUGACAAAUCAAGAGCACUGAAAACGCUUAUAGGCAAGCUUGGGGAAAUCAAGGAAUAUCUUCAGUUGGUACAUGACGGGAAGUAUCCAUACAACGCAGCAAUAUUAGAGAAGCUCCAGAAUAUCUUCAACGACCUUCCAGAGAUAGCAGACGCGCCAGAUAUGGUCGAAUACUGUGCCCAUGAGAGCAACGACCAAUACUUGGGCAUCUACGUGGGAACUGUGCUCAGGUACUGUGACAGGAAUUUUUGUUCAAACUGAAUCAAUCAUCUUUCUUCUUGCGUUUCUAUUUCCUGUAGGUCGUCAUCUUCAUCUUUCUUCUUGCGUUUCUAUUCCCUGUAGAUCGUCAUCUGUGGUUGCUUCCUAACAACUCUCAAAUUUGUUCUUCACAAAUCACAGAUGACAAGCUGAUUCUUACAAUCUACAUAAUGUAAUCAACAUUCAAACAAGACGACCAGGUCAAUCCUCGCGCUUCACAAUCUUGUGCAGAAUAAAAUCCAUAGCAAGAAAUUCCGAGAGGAGCAGGCAGAGGAGGCCGAAAAGAAGAAGGCUGAGAAAGAGAAGGCUGAGAAAGAGAAAGCCGAGAAGGAUGGCGGAGGUGGUGCCGGAGACAAGGAGACGAAGUAG